GGGAGGGGCUGGAGCAGCCAAAAAUGGCUGUCACGCACGGGACAGAACGUCCGAAGGAGGGCGAGUGAUGCUUUCAAACUCCUCGUCUUCCACCACACUGACCAAUUGACAUUGUUUUGCAACAAUCGAACGGCAUUUAGUCAAUCGAUAGUUAUUAUGUUGGAAUUGAAGAGUUAUUUACGUGGAGUUCUUAAACCACCCCCGGCUAUCGCAGCUUUGUUCAACUAUGUUAAGAGAUUAAAGCUCUACCAAAAUGAUGUAGUACAAGCGGAUUAAAACUUGUGAGAAGUUUAGGAGACUGAGAAGAUGCGUGGUAUUUCGCUAAGGCUGGUCUUGCUUUUGUUGUGGAUAAUUAAUAACAAUUUAUCACACUAUUGUGCAGCAAAUACAAAUAAAACUGAGAGAGCAGCAAAGAAUAGAUUGCGACCGUCACAGUCUCCAUGGCGCCUGGUGAUAUGUCUAUCGCACUCUCAGUCUCCAUCCAGAACGGAUGUCCAGCAAGCAUGGGAACAAGCAAGGCUGGAGUCUUCCCAAAACGAGUUGGAAGUGUCUUAUAUAGAAGGAAGGAUGGUUCCGAUGACAGACUCGCGGUCAUAUCCUCUAGCUCUUGUCAACAAAUAUUGCGGGGAAAUUGAGCGUGGAAAAACUAUAUUAAGUUUAGUGAUUGGUGGUGGUUCAGCAGCACGAUUCUUAAUGACAGCGUCUGCAUCGUUCAACCUUCCAUCUCUUUGGCUACCAAUGACUCAUCGAGAUUUCCUCCGGCAGGGGAGACCGGGACGUUUUGAAACUCGCUUAGGUUCUGGGUCUGAACAAGCUGGUGCAGCAGCAGUUGCUUUGAUGGAUAAAGCUAACUGGCAUGCGUUUACUCUUUUUAUUGACAUAACGUUACUUCCAUUGCAUCACUUGUUACCGAAAGAUCAUCACAAGUUACUGCCACGAGCAAUAAUAUAUCUACCAGCCAAUGAUAGAAGUCUUAAGUUAAGACUGAGAAGAAUUUCAGAAGAGGGAGGGUCCGGAAGUGUUGUUGUGAUGGCUUGUGACUUAAAUAAUGCUAGAAAAAUACUUUUAGUAGCUAGCAAGUAUCAGAUGCUCAAUGGCCGUUUUUUGUGGUUGUGGUUAGACCUCAGAGCUGAAUUAAGACCCAAUGAGCCAAGCUUAAUAAGCUCUCAUAUUAUAUAUAAUGCUUUAACAUCAUCAGUAAGAGUUGAAAACAAUCCACCAGUGAUUGAGAGAACUGUGAGAAGUGCUGCCACUUUUAUUCAUAAUGAUGAUAUUACGUCCAGUCAUAACAUUCAUUCUCAUACAGUAUCCAAUUUAGCCAACGAUAUCCAUCACCUUCAAGAGUACCGUUGGCAUCAAGAAAAACCCAUAAAAAAAAGAGAAGAUAAAGCUUUUACUUUUGAUGACGAUGAAGAAACACGCAUCACUGAUAAAACCCUAAACUCUAAGACUUUUAUGCCCGCUGGAAUGCUUGCUCUUAGACCAUCGAGCCUCAAGAUAUCCGGUGGCGAUGCCAUUCUCUCACGAAUGUUGAGAGAAGCCUCGCAAGCGCUGGAUAACACUUUCCUAGAAUACAAAUCAUCAUUAAAUCGCUUGAGGGAUAGUCAGAUAAAAGACUAUUUCAUUCCCACAUGUUUUUUCUCAUCAGAUAAUUCCUCAAUAGCUGAGAUAAGGGAGAACGUUUCCCGAAGCUUAACUAAAAAAUUGAGAGAAUCAAUGCGUCAGAUAUCUCACGAUAAAGCGGAAUUCCAAUUGUUGAAUUUACAGGCUGUGCAAUUUCCUGGAAAUAAAACUCAGUUAAGAUGGACUAAAGUGGGGACAGUUCGAGGAGGAAAGGACGUACGUUUAGAUACUAUAACAUGGCCAGGUGGUGGAAUAGUACCGGCUUAUAUGGCUCAUGGAGGAGAAAAAAUAGGAAUGCCAGAAUAUCGAAUAGUAACAGCACUUGCACCACCAUUUAUCAUGGUUACGAGUCUUCAAGAGGGCUUGUGUCUGAGAGGUGCAUCUUGUAGACAAGGGGAAACUAUCAAGUGUUGCUAUGGAUUAACAAUUGACCUCUUAAUAUUGGUUGCAAGGGAAUUAAAUUUUCGAUAUGACUUGUACGUAGCUCAUGAUGGUUUAUUUGGUAGAAGAAAUGGGCUAAACGGAACAUGGAAUGGAGUUGUUGGAGAAUUACUUGCUGGUAAUGCUCAAUUAGCUUUUGCUCCGUUGAGUGUAUCUGCUAGACGAGCUGAAGUAAUUGACUUCACAACACCAUACUUCUUCAGUGGCGUCAGUUUUUUAGCCGCUCCCAAAGUAAAUUCUGAUAUUUCUCUAUUAGCAUUUCUUUUGCCAUUUAGUCCAGGACUUUGGAUAGCAAUAUUUACAUCAUUAAAUAUAACAGCAAUGGCAGUAGCUGCUUAUGAAUGGUUUAGCCCAUUUGGAUUGAAUCCAUGGGGUCGACAAAGAAGUAAAAACUUUUCGAUUGCUUCUGCACUUUGGGUGAUGUGGGGAUUACUUUGUGGACAUCUUGUAGCUUUUAAAGCGCCAAAAUCUUGGCCUAAUAAAGUCUUAAUAAAUGUUUGGGGUGGCUUUUCCGUCAUCUUUGUAGCAUCGUAUACCGCAAACAUCGCUGCUCUCAUUGCUGAUCUUUUCUUUCAUUCUGCAGUUAAUAAUUAUCACGAUCGAAGUUUAUUAUCUCAAAAAGUGGGAGCACCUCGAGCAUCAGCAGCAGAGUAUUACGUCCAGCGUGCUAAUCAUCACUUAUCGUCCCAUAUAGCUCGAUUUUCCAUCUCUAAUGUUGCUGAGGGUGUUGAGAGACUGCGAAAUGGUAGCCUGGACAUUUUGAUAGCCGACACCCCAAUAUUGGAUUAUUAUCGAGCAACCGAUGAUGGCUGCAGAUUAGAGAAGAUUGGUGAUACCAUCAACGAAGAUACUUACGCAGUUGCUCUGACCAAAGGUCACCCUCUUAAAGAAAGUAUUUCAAGGGUCAUUGCAAAUUAUACAAGUAACGGAAUGCUGGAUAUUCUUCAAGAAAAAUGGUAUGGAGGCUUGCAUCCUUGUAUAAAAGGUAGAGAAGGAAGAAAUACUGAUUUUGGUUCAGACACUAGAGGACAACCAAGACCUCUUGGAGUUGCAUCCGUUGCUGGUGUCUUUUGUCUUCUAGGCCUGGGCGUUGUUCUAGGUACAAUCAUUCUCGCUGGAGAGCAUUUGUUUUACAAAUACACAUUACCUAGACUGCGACACAGGCCAAAGACUUCUAUUUGGAGGAGUAGAAAUGUCAUGUUCUUUUCGCAAAAGCUUUAUAGAUUUAUUAAUUGUGUGGAGCUGGUCUCACCGCAUCAUGCUGCUAGGGAAUUGGUACAUACUGUUAAACAAGGACACAUUACCUCAUUAUUUCAAAAAAGCGUUAAAAGGGAUCCUUUGUUUCAGAAGGAACAUGAACAACGUCGUCGGCGUAAAAGUAAAGCACAAUUCUUUGAAAUGAUACAAGAAAUUCGUAGUACCCCUAGAGUACAACAAGAAGUGAAAGAGGAUGCAAAUGCGAAAGAACUUGAAGCAGCGAGGAAGGAAGAAAAAGCUAAAAAAGAAAGAGAGAAAAGUAGAAGCAAGAGUCCACUAAUGUUACAGAGUCCGAAAAAAGCGGAAAAAAGUAAAAGUUCUAGUAAUUUAUCAAGUUCUCGUCUUGGAUUGUCACCACUUAGUUUGGACACGCCAAUGAAACCUAGAGAAUUUACAUUAAGUAGCACGAAUCUUAGAGCUAGAAGCCCGCUCGAGACUGUGGGACGAAGAUUGAGUCAUGGAGAUAGUGGUUCACCACCACCUCGUCUCAGUACUGCAAACUUUGGAGGAAGUGCAACUCUUAGACCAUCAAUGCCAAUAAAAUCAGAUUCAGUGAGUGGCGGUGUACCGACUCCAAAGCAUUCGCGUAGUCCUGCUAAACGAGGUCAGUCUUUUCCUGUGUUUGCAACACUCAGGCGUCCACCGCCUCCACCAACGACAGCUUAUCCAUCUGCUGCUAUAUCGAAAAGUCCGCUUUUAUCACCAAAUGAACUCACUGCUGCAAUUGGUCGUAAAUUGUCAAGAGAAUGGGGAUCGGGGACGAUCGAUUUAAGUCGUUCUUCAGAAGCAAUUGGAUCUUUUUCUACAUACAGUCCCCGUCAAGAGAGCACAUUUACAUUUACAGUUGAACAACCAGCUCAUAAAAAAAGCCAAGAGGAUAUUUUAGCUCCUGCAAAGAAGCCAGUGAGACGUGCAAGAAGCCAUGAAAAUCGUGAUAUUAGUGGUAAAUCAAUCGGAGAAUCUCCAUCACCUCGUUUGAUGGCUCAACCAUCAGUUGGCGGUAAAUCAGUGAGCGAACGUACGAAAAAACAACUUGAGUCUGAACUCAAAGCAAUUUUAACUGCUAGAGCACAUCAUCGAGAUCUACAUCCUCCUUGAUAGAUCACUAACAAUUAGCAGUGGCUUUAUUUUAAAGUGUUGACAUCUUUAUAUCGCUGCCUCUGAGGGGCUUUCAUUGAUUUAAGCAAUAUGAGAUUUAUAGGUCAAUUUGUAGACGAUCUGGCAGUUUAAUAAACAAAUAUACACUUGCAUAUGUAUAAUGUCAUACACAACACAUGUACACAUCGAUCUUACACCAAUCUAGUGCAGAUAACACAUGGAGCGAUCAUUUAUAAUGAUAUAGACAGCCUUGAUUGAUGAUAAAAAAAUAAAGAAAGCUAAUGAUGUGUCGUGAGACCUUCUGAUCCGUUAAUAUAUUGUUAUAUAAUUAAUAAUAUAGAAUAUACAUAUAUAUAUACAUGAAUGAUAAUUAAAACAUAAGUGCUAUAUACUUUUUAGUAGAAUGUGUCUUAAAAGCAUGGCAUAGAACGUAUGUGAAUAUUUCAAAUAUUUUCUUGUUGGCAUUUUAAUUCUACGAAGACCUGAAAUCCAAACAAGUCUCUUCAUAGAUUAAUUUAUCCAGUAAUUAACGGAAUUAAUUGAUUCUAUUGUCAAACACUUUAUUAUAUUGAACAUGGUAUAUGUGCCAAAUUUAUUCACUUUUGGAAUAAUAAACCAUUAUCAUCGCUGGUAUUUAAAUGAAAAACAAAGGUCUGUAGUAAAGUGAUAUAAAAAUUAUCUUUCUAAUCAAUGCACUAUUGUAUGUAUUUUUUUUAUUCUCACGAUACAAAAAAAAACGAAACGAUUUUAUGAAAGUUUGACUCACGGAAGAUAUGAAUAAGGGCCGCACACUGCCAUCAAGUAAUUGUAAUUUUUUGGACAUAUAUCUCAAAGAAGAGACUUGAAUAGUUGGCUUUCAGCAUAGAAAGACCACUCAUAAACCAAAAAAAAAAUACGUGUAUUCUAAUUAAAUUCUGGCGCCUAUUGCGGAUAAUAUAAUAUUUAUCAUUAUAGAUAUGACACUUUAUCAAAGUCACAUUUUCACAAAUCGAUAUAUUAAUGAAGAAAACAUAAAGAAUGAAAUAAUUAGGGUACAUUGAAAACUGGUUCAUUAUAAAAUUAAUAGGAAAAAUUGACAACUAUUGAAAGAGAAAAAAUUAAAUAUGAAUUGUUAAUUAUUGAUGGGUGUAUAAAGAGUUUAAAAGCUAGUUAGCUGAGACUGAUGGAAGAUUAGAAAGUUAAUUUCUGCCAAAUAAAUCAGACUGAUUAAUUGGGCUUUGUUGGAAAGAGGAAUUGUGGUUAUGAUUGAUUGGAAUUGAAUGAUGAAUAGCUUUAAUCCAUGAAUGUUGAUUAAUACCUUCUCUAUCUGAACUCAUUAAGAGAUGUGGUUGUAGUGAUUGAUCUAAUUUGAUCCUAUAAUACCUAUUUAUCUUUACUAUUAGAUCAUUAGAGAAUGAAUAUCUGGGACUAAUAAAAUAUUAUCUAAAAUAUUCAUUUUUAAUAAUUCAUAAGCGAGGCCUUAGUAGUAGUCGUAUCCGCCCAAUUUUCAUUAGAAAAAUUACUGUUAUUCAAUAUUUUAAGAGUGUAGACAUUAUAUAGAUCGUUAUGAAUUUUAUUUCAUAGUUUAUUGUUAGAAAUGAUACUUAAUAUUAAUAUUAAAUUCUUGAAAGUCAUAGAGGGAAGAUUUUCGUGUGCAUGCUAGAACCUUUUAACUAUUCAUGUAUUCUAUUUGAUUAUUAUUCUUUAGAAAUAAAUACUUACAAAUAUUAUUAUAUUUUUUACACUAUAAAGAGAAGUUUUUAAUUAAUUUUUCGUCAAAUGUUGAAUAUGCAUUUGAUUAAAUCAUUUCGUUUUGUAAAAUAAUAUCUACAUUCAAUCAUUCGUAAUGCAAAACUUAUAAAUAUUCAUGGAAAUACACUGUUAUCUGUGAAUUUUCAUAAAUUGAAGAAAAACAAAAAACUAAAAAAUGUAGAAGAUUACAGUCAGAAAAAUUAUGAAUCUAUCUAUAGCCAAUGCCAAAUUCAUGUGGCAAAUGAUUUUAAAUGAAAAAAACAUAAUUUUAAAUUGAUAAGAAAUUUCAUGAAAAUGAUUUUAACAGUCCAUAACGUAUUUAACGUCUAAAAUGUAUGGUAAAUUACCACUUUUAGUAGAUGAAGUAAAUAAAAAAACUUGAAAAAAAAAGAAAAAGGUAAAAUUAUCUAACAAAGUUCAUUACAAAUGAUCAAAACAAAAAUUAUAGGGGGCCAUUUCAGAGUCACCCAAGCCUAAAGAAUCAAAUAUAGACUAAUGUAAGAGAAAAAAAUACAUUUUAAAUUCUGUUCUUUAGAUGGGGAAGAUCAAUCUGUGAUUUGAACAGGUGGCUAUUUCGCACUUUUCUUCGUGUGACAAAUAUUUAUCAUUAUAAGGAUUUAUCCUUCUUAAAAGAUUUAAUUUUCCAUUUAAAUAGUAUUUUUCUUCAACUUUCGUAGAACAUCCUUCACUACUUGUAUAUAAAUAUAGCAUUAUUGUAAAAAAAAAACAUGCACGCAUAUUCGUCAAUUGUCACAGUUAAAUCAAAGAUGGAUCAGGCCCAAAAAUCUCUUUUGUGCGCCAACAAGAUUUUGUAUAGUUGGGUCAUGACAUAGAGAGAUGAGAAAAUUAUAUUUAAAGAUUAUAAAUAAAAAUGUGAAAGAAUGUUCCGUUUCGAUCCUCGUUCUGUCAGAUACAGUUUUCCUAAGGAAAAGAUAAUUUGAUUGUGACAUAAAUCAGUAAGAUAAGAGAUGAAAAUGAAUGAAAUAUAAAUUUAAGAAAGUCACAAAAAAGCGUCAUAUAUAAAUUUAAAUAUUGUAAUUGUAAGACGGCCUACUGACUUGAUUUUCAAUUUAAAUUAAAUGCAAGCAUAUGCUGACGUUUGUUGUAUUUUCGUCAAGUAGAACAAUAUUCGGUUAUUCAAUAAGUUCAUGAGAAAGUAUUCUCAUUAUUUGUUUCAUAACGUAAUCUAGUAUUCAGGAAUCACGAAUGUAAUGUUCGAUUGUAUAGUAACUGAAAAAGUACUUGAGAUAUUCUAAAUUUUAAUGAUGGACUGGUUUUCUCAUAAAAAUUGAUUUUAAUAAUUUGUAAAAUUCAUUAUUCAUUAUUAUUUGUUAAAUUUUAUACUUUGUUACUAUUUGUUAAUUUAUUAUUUACUGCAACUUAAAUAUUUUGAUAAAUUAAUUGAGCUCAGUUCGCUAUUGAAUAUAGCAAAUUUUAUUUCAUGAAAUUGUAUAUCGAAGUCAAGGAAUGCAAAAAAGUGUGAGUGUUUAAAAAAUUAGUUCAUCAAUGGCAAUAAAAUAUUAAUUCUAUUCUCUACAAAACACUGCCAUAAAUUGAUCUGGUUAUACAUAUUGCAUUGGAUGACCUGCCAAGUUAGUUAAUCACAAAUAAUAUUGUUGAUCGAAAAAUUUGAACUAAAAAUAUAGAACGAAAAACAUAUGAAUUUUAAAAAAAUAUUUCCAUUAAGAUAAGUAGAUUAUCGAUAUGAGAUAACUGUUAUAAUUUUAUUUUGCAUGUAUAUAAAAUAUUUUUAGUGUUGUAAAAUACAAUAUAAUUGUACUUAGAAACAUUCUUAACUAACUUUAAUGUCAACAAAAAAGUAUUAAAAAAAAAAUUUUAUUGUUAUUUAAAUAGCUCAAACUACUUCACUAUUAUUUUGAUAUGUAUGUUAAUUAAUUAUUACCAUUGAUUGCUGGUUAAUUAUUCUUUAUAAAAGUUCAAUCCAAGUUUCAUUGAAAGCUAUAUAGGAAGAUAUUGAGGGAUUGGAACUUGAACGAUGGAUCAAAUUAACUAAAGCAAUGCGUACAUUAUGUAUAAAAAAAUAUGUAAGAAAUAAAUAUUAUAUUAUUAAUUAUAAUAAUAUUAUUGAUAAUGAUAUGAUGAUAACAAUGAAAUGAAGAUACAAUGGAAAUCCUGCUGCCAUAGUAAACUUGUUGGCGUACAAUAUUAGGAUAGGUUCCUUGCAACCUACCUCGUCUCUCUUGUUACGCCUACUAUACUAUACUUACACUGUUAUUGUUGAUCAAAACUCCAUAAUAAUAAGAAAUAAAUAUAUUGUCUGAAAA